GUUUUAGCAAUAAACACGGCCGCAUUCCCUUCCCGAAAAACCCUAUCGAAAAACAUAGAAAGGAGCCCCCGAGUCCGACUCGUUACUGGGUUCGAACCGAGUUUUGACUCGUCGCCGGAAAAUGGGUGACGUGGAUAGUUCUCGGGCUUUCCUCAGAGAUGUCAAGCGCAUCGUUCUCAAGGUUGGGACUGCAGUUGUGACUAGAAACGAUGGAAGGAUUGCACUUGGGAGAUUAGGCGCGCUGUGUGAGCAGCUCAAGGAGUUGAACACUCAAGGAUAUGAGGUUAUAUUGGUGUCGUCUGGAGCUGUUGGCCUCGGUCGCCAGAGGCUGAAAUACAGGAAAUUGGUUAACAGCAGUUUUGCUGAUCUUCAAAAACCACAAAUGGAACUCGAUGGGAAGGCAUGUGCGGCAGUUGGACAGAACUGUCUGAUGGCUCUCUAUGAUACGUUAUUUAGUCAGUUGGACAUGUCAUCAGCACAGCUUCUUGUAACAGAUAGUGAUUUCAGGGAUAGAGAUUUUAGGAAGCAGCUUAGCGAUACAGUGAAAUCAUUGUUAUCUUUGAAGGUUAUUCCCAUAUUUAAUGAAAAUGAUGCAGUCAGUACGAGGAGAGCUCCAUAUGAGGAUUCGUCUGGUAUAUUUUGGGAUAAUGAUAGUUUAGCAGCUCUACUGGCUCUGGAGCUAAAGGCUGAUCUUCUUGUUCUUUUGAGUGAUGUGGAGGGUUUGUACAGUGGACCUCCAAGUGACCCACGUUCAAAGCUCAUCCAUACCUACAUAAAGGAGAAGCAUCAGACUGAAAUUACUUUUGGGGACAAAUCUCGAGUCGGAAGAGGGGGUAUGACUGCUAAAGUUAAAGCUGCUGUUAAUGCUGCCUAUGCUGGCAUCCCUGUUGUCAUCACCAGUGGAUAUGCUCCUGAAAACCUCAGUAAAGUCCUUCAAGGGCAACGUAUUGGUACUCUCUUCCAUCAAGAUGCACAUUUAUGGUGUUCCUUUAAAGAGGUUGAUGCAAGAGGGAUGGCAGUUGCAGCAAGGGAAAGUUCCAGACGUCUACAGGCCCUGACCUCAGAGCAAAGGAAAAAAGUUCUCUUGGAUAUAGCCGAUGCCAUCGAAGCAAAUGCAGAAAAGAUAAAUGUUGAAAAUGAAGCUGAUGUUUCUGCUGCACAACUAGCAGGAUAUGAAAAAGCCUUGGUAGCUCGGCUGGCUCUAAAGCCUGGCAAGAUUGCAAGCCUUGCAAAUUCUGUUCGCGUCCUUGCAAACAUGGAAGAUCCGAUUGGUCAUGUUUUGAAAAAGACUGAGCUUGCAGAUGGUCUUGUCUUAGAGAAGACAUCAAGUCCAUUGGGUGUGCUCCUGAUUGUGUUUGAAUCCCGUCCUGAUGCACUAGUGCAGAUAGCUUCAUUAGCCAUUCGAAGUGGGAAUGGGCUUCUUUUGAAGGGGGGAAAGGAAGCGAAGAGAUCCAACGCAAUAUUACAUAAGGUUAUUACAGAGGCCAUCCCAGAGAGUGUUGGUGGGAAGCUGAUAGGACUUGUUACUUCAAGAGAGGAGAUUCCAGAUCUUCUUAAGCUUGACGAUGUGAUUGAUCUUGUGAUCCCAAGAGGCAGCAACAAACUGGUUUCUCAAAUUAAGAAUUCGACAAAGAUUCCAGUUUUGGGGCACGCUGAUGGGAUAUGCCAUCUUUAUGUUGACAAGUCUGCAAAUAUGGAUAUGGCUAAGCAAAUUGUUUUGGACGCAAAAAUUGAUUAUCCAGCAGCCUGUAAUGCAAUGGAAACACUUCUUGUACAUAAGGAUUUGAUGCAUACAACUCCCUUCAAUGACCUUAUUGUUGACCUCCAGUCAGAAGGGGUUACAUUAUAUGGUGGACCAAGGGCAAGCGCGUAUCUCCACAUUCCAGAGGCACAUUCGUUUCAUCUAGAGUACAGUUCACUGGCUUGCACGAUUGAGUUUGUGGAUGAUGUACAUGCAGCCAUUGAUCAUAUUCAUGAACAUGGAAGUGCACAUACUGAUUGCAUCAUUGCAGAAGAUCAAGAAGUUGUGGGUGUGUUUUUAGGUCAAGUUGACAGUGCUGCUGUUUUUCACAAUGCAAGCACAAGGUUUUGUGAUGGUGCUCGAUUUGGACUUGGUGCAGAGGUUGGGAUAAGCACAAGUCGCAUUCAUGCUAGGGGUCCUGUAGGAGUAGAAGGAUUAUUAACGACAAGAUGGAUUCUAAGAGGAAGCGGGCAAGUAGUGAAUGGUGAUAAGGGGAUCAUUUACACCCACAAAGACCUACCAGUUGAGCCCUAAACGAUCCGAAUGUAACAGCAACUUAUUUCCAGCUGGUCAUUUCGGGAGUGAUGAAGAGAGAGAAUAAGUAGUGUGGAGGCUAUUAGUCUGUUGUUCUUAUGUCAUCAAUGUAUGAUUAAUCGAGUAUCCCAAUCACAUUAGUUAGCAAAUGAUAGCUUAUUUCAAUGGUGUCGUUUAUUAAUUUUCAGAAAUAGAAAUGAAAUCGAUCAUUUCUGUCA